CCAUCUCUUCCAACCACCUCAUCAUACUCGCAAACUUACUAUGGAUUUUCAAAACCGUGUCGGCUCCAAGUUCGGUGGAGGUGGUGUCGCUGGGGCUUCGGAGACCAAUGUGGACAGGCGUGAACGUUUACGCAAACUUGCGCUUGAGACGAUCGAUCUUGCCAAAGAUCCUUAUAUCUUAAGGAAUCACUUGGGUGGCCUCGAAUGUCGUCUCUGUCUGACGCUUCAUACCAACGAAGGUUCAUACCUGGCUCAUACUCAAGGAAAGAAGCAUCAGACCAAUCUCGCUCGUCGUGCGGCUCGUGAUGCUAAGGACACGCAGUUGAUGAUUGCCCCGACUCAAAGCAAUGUACAACGCAAGGUGUUCCUCAAAAUAGGACGCCCAGGCUACCGAGUAACAAAAGUGCGGGACAAAGAUACAGGCAAAGAAGGUAUGAUGGUCCAGGUCCACCUUCCCCAGAUCAAAGCGGACGUAAUCCCUCGCCGACGAUUUAUGAGCGCUUGGGAGCAAAAGAGGGAGCCCCCGAACAAGGCAUACCAGUAUCUGAUCGUGGCUGCUGAACCGUAUGAGACAAUUGCUUUUCGCAUUCCUGCGCGCGAGAUAGAAGACGAAGCUGACGAUGCCGGAUAUUGGAACUGGUCAUAUUGGGAUCCUGAUACGAAACAGUAUAGCUUCCAGUUCAUGUUCCGUUUGACUUAUUGACGCUCACACAAUGUUCCCUCCACGUCGUAUCUGUACUCAUUCCCGCCCUGAAUUAUGGGAUCAUUUUUGCCGUGCUUGGUGUGGUUUAUGUCGAAUAUCACAUGCAUCACCUCCGAUAUAGGAUGUCUCGAUUCGAUACCAUGUCAUCAACAACGCGGUGAGCACCAGGGUUACCACA